AUGGGCUCCGAUCCGCAGUACGCGAAAUGGCCGCUGCUACCUCUGUCGCAGCACGUCUUCACCCUCACGAACUCCUACGCCACACGACCCGCCCAGCAAGCCUCCGUCAAGAGCUUACAAGAUGCCAUCAGCGAGCACAAGAUGGCCCCGCUGUACAAGUACCUCGCCCACCCCACCGAGGGCAUUCUAAACUCAGCCGGCGAGACCACAUCGUCAGCAGCAGCAGCAGCGUCCGCGCAGCAGAAGGGCAUCGGCCGGAAACAGAGCGCCGCAGGCAUGGUGGCCAAGGGCUCGACGUCGGGUGCGAGCCUGCCGUGGGAUGAGGACGUCUACCAGAAGCUCAAGGCCGAGAACGAUAAGGAGCUAGAGGAUAUCCAGAAAGAGGAGGACGAGGCCGUCGAGAAGGCCGGCGAUACCGAGAUCAUGGGUGCGAAGGGGAAGCGCGCUGAGUUCUUCGCCAGGAUCGGUGACAAGGACAAGGCGAUAGCAGCCUACGAGGACGUCUUCGAGAAGACCGGCAUCCUGGGCACCAAGAUCGACCUUGUGCUGGCCAUGAUCCGCAUGGGACUAUUCUACGGCGAGAAGAUUCUCGUCCAGAAGCAGGUGGCCCGCGCCAAGACGCUCGUCGACAGCGGCGGUGAUUGGGACCGCCGCAACCGUCUCAAGGCCUACGAGGGCCUACACCUCCUGACCGUCCGUUCCUACAACCUCGCCGCGCCCCUGCUCCUCGACUCCCUCUCGACCUUCACCAGCUACGAGUUGUGCACCUACUCGAACCUAGUCGUCUACUCUGUGCUCGCCGGCUCCGUGUCGCUGAAGCGGGUAGACUUCAAGAGCAAGGUGGUAGACGCGCCAGAGAUCAAGGCCAUCCUAGGCGCCGAUGGCGAGGACAAGCUGCUCGCGCUAUCGGGGGCCAUCUCCGCCGGGCCAGGUGCCGAAGACGCCGAGAUGAAGGAUGCUAAGGACACCGUCACUCCGAAGGCGCCGACCAAGGCCACCACGGCCGUCAACCUGACGACCCUGGGCACCGGCAUUGAGCAACCCGAUGCCGAGAUGGCCGUCGACUUCUCGUCGCUGGCGCAGCUCGUCAACAGCCUUUACAACGGCAACUACAAGCUGUUUUUCGGGGCUCUGGCCCUCGUCGAGGAGCAGUUCCUGACGCAGGACCGCUACCUGUUCGAGCACCGCAGCUGGUUCAUCCGCGAGAUGCGCCUGCGCGCCUACCAGCAGCUGCUGCAGAGCUACCGUGUUGUGGGUCUCGAGAGCAUGGCCAAUGACUUUGGUGUCACGGUGGACUUCUUGGAUCGUGACCUGGCCAAGUUCAUCGCCGGUGGCCGCAUCCCCUGCACCAUCGACCGCGUGACGGGCAAGGGCGUCAUCGAGACGAACCGGCCCGACGACAAGAACAAGCAGUACCAGGACGUCGUCAAGCAGGGCGACGGCCUGAUCACCAAGCUGCAGAAAUACGGCCAGGCCGUGCGUCUGCGAGGAAGCGAGAGGGCGUAG